UGCACAAGGCACUCGCAUUGGUUCUCUCUUCUCACCCCACCUGGCGGUAGCCUACCUGUUCGCGAGCCUUCUCGACUAGGAUAGCUGUGAGACAGCCAUGGCGAGCCUUAUGCGACUCGGCCGUGGCACGCCUAGAGGCCUUGCAAGCCGCCUUAGGGUGCCAUACUCAACCGAAGCGGGGCCUUCUUCGAGCCCACCCGACCCGCCUCGGCCACGCCGGCGGCGGCGGUCAUCGCUCACGCCCGAAGAAGAGGCGUCCCUCUACCGCCAGGGCGGGCCCACCGACCUCGUUGGCCCGCCUGAUCCCAUCUCCAACAUCCGCCCUGUGCUGUAUGCCCGCCUCGUCGCACGCUCCUCCCGGCCUGGCGGUCCCCCGGCUUCCAACGCGAACGCGAGCAACCCCCACCCCUACUCGACGUCCGAGUUCGACAGCCCCUCUGUCGGAAAGGGCAUCUGGGGUCGAUGGGCACAGCAGGUGGGCGAGCGGCUGCAGGAGGCGGAGCUACAGCUGCGACUCGCCAGGAUGAGCGGCGAUGGGCUCACGCAGCGCUUCUGGCGCGACAAUAACCUGCGCUUCGGAAAGGACCUCGAUGAGGCGAGGACGAGGGGCGGCGAGGGCGCCAGGGCAUUGCCAGUGCCGACAUCAAGCACAGGGGAAGAGCAGGCGCUCGAGCUAGCAGACGCAAAGAAGAAGGGGCUCGAAUCCGUCGACUCCAGCUUCUACGCUCAAUGGCUCGACGCCAACGGGCCGCGACAUCGCGCAUACAACGUCCUCGUCUGGAAGCAGGCCGCUUUGGAGGUCAAGCUCGGAGCAAGAGUCGCAUGGCUCCAAUUCCUGCUCCGCAUCGUUGGUCGUUAGAAUCAUUGCACAUUCUCAUGUACUAGUAGCAAAGAAUCAAGAAUGUCGACAUACAGGAGAACGGUGA